ACAGAAAGUCUAAAACACAUUCCUUUCCUUCCACUGCAGAGGGCGAGAGCAAAGCCUUCUACGAGGAGAGCGAGGGAGAGAAACAGGCCAACAAGGCAGCCAUCACGAGCCUCCGAGGCGAGAUCAAACACCUCCAUGUCAAGAUCGAGGAGGCAAAGCAGGGCAGCGAGCGGAGUGUCGAGCGAGUCCUGCAGCAGCGGCGCCGUGCCCUCAGCGCCCCCGUCAAGGUGAAGAAGGCUGAGGGCGCCAUCAGAGCCUCCGAGUACAAGCUCCACGACCUCGUCAAGAGGCUGAACUUCCUCCAACACUCUCGGAAGCAGCGUGAAAAUAGGCUGAGCACACUGAAGCAACAGCUGGGGGAAUCGUCCUCAGACAGAGUGCAGGAGGAACACCGCACAAUUCAGCAAUUACAACAGGACCUCAUCGCCCUGGAGAACGAGCAGGAGCGGGUGGGCGUGAGCGUGGCGGAGGCGGAGAGUGUGAAGCGGCGGUACGGGGCGAUGGUGACGGCGCUGAAAGGGGAGGCCGCCUCCUACAGGACGACUCUCGACACACUGCACGCCAGGCUCGCCGAGGAGAAGGAUUCCUUGAAGAACUUAAGGGACAGCAGGAAGAAAGCAGAGAAGACCAGGGACUGCUUGAGAACACGCCUGCACGAGGAGGAGGAAAGCGCUUACGAGACGAAGAGAGAACGAGAAAAAAGACUCUUCGAAUUUAGGAAAAAGGCCGAGGAGCGCCGCCAGCAGGACCUGGGCGCCGCCGUGGACCGCAGGCUCUCCAUCAUGAGGACGCCCACACGCAGGGACUCGCCCACGGCCGCCCUCACGCAGGACACCCAGGAGCAGAUCGAGGCCGAGCUGGAGAAGUACCAGCAACUUUUCUCGAGGUUGAAGGAGGUGCUCGGCGUGACGAGCGUGGAGGAGGUGCUGGACCGCCUCACGAGCCAGGCCGGGACGCGGGAGCACCUUCGUCAGCUGCGCUCCGUCACCCUCGAGGAAGUGACGCGGCUCAAGCAGGAGAAGGAGCAGCUGCACGAGGAACUUCACCGGGUGAAAUACGCCAGCACGGAGGACGCUGCCAAGAUGGUCGGGAUGAUCGAGGACCUCAAGAAGAAGGUGGAGGAGAAGGAGACCAUGAAGGAGGACAUGUCUGGGCGCCUCGACGGAACGCUCAAGAUCCUGGCGGGCGUGAGGGCGGGGCAGGAGCACAUCGCGGAGAAACUAGAGACCGCCGAGAACGAGCGGCCUCCCAAAGCCGAGUCCCCGCUGCAGUACCUCGUGAUCCUCAUGGCGUUCUGCAUGGACAGGGCCAGGGAGCUCAUGGAGGAAGUGAGGGACGCCCAGAUCGACCAGAAGCUCGCGGAGAUGGUGGAGGAGGAAAAGGAGGGAGAAUGA